AGGAGUGAUCCUCUAUUCUUAUAAGAGUCCCGUAGAUUGUGAUCUCUGUCCCCUUAUAUCUCAACACGUUCUUGGAAUUUUUGGGUCAUGACUUGACUAUGUGUAGAUUCUAACGUCAAUAUGGGUUUUAGAUUUCAUCUACUGCCCUAUUUCUUCCCUCUUUCUUGAAGAGCAAAAAAAACUCCUUAUUGUGUCUGAAACUCAUUUAUCUCUGUGUUUUCUACACUGAAAAUUAAAGUCCCCUGUUUUUGCUCUGUUUCUGUGAAAAAAAAUGGCGUCUAAUAACAGGAAGUUGCAACCAGGACAAGGUUGCACCUUCACGUUCUACUUGACAUACCCACCGCCACCACCUCCACCGCCGCCGCAGAGAGAUCUCUCUGUUAUAGUCUCCACCUCAAUCUGCAUCAUAGGCUCAGUCCUACUCUUCCUAUUCCUCAUCGUCUUCCUCUACCUCUACAUCACGAAGUCAUCACGACGGAGGAGCUCACCUUCUGCAGUGGCUCCCGUCGUCAGCAGCACCAGACGAAGAGAGGAAGAGAACGAAGAAGAAGCAGCCGGAGGAGGAGAAAGAGAUCAUCAUCACUUCUGGAGCAUCGCAACGCUCGGUCUCCACCGCUCAGCGAUCGAUUCUAUAACAGUCGUCGUGUUCAAGAAGGGAGAAGGGGUCAUCGACGGCACGGACUGCUCCGUCUGCUUAAGCGAGUUCGAAGAGGACGAAGGGGUUAGGCUGUUACCGAAGUGUAGCCACGCCUUCCACGUCAGCUGCAUCGACACGUGGCUGCUCUCUCACAAGAACUGUCCUUUGUGCCGCGCCCCUGUUUUCUCCACCGAGGUGCGUGAUAAGAAAACAGAGACGAAUCAUCAAACAGAGUCUGGAUCGGGAUCGAGAAAUGGUAAUGUUCUUCCGAGGUCACAAAGUGAUUUGGCUAGCCAUUGUGGUGGCUCGGAAGGAAGGAUGGAGACUGUGAGGAGGUCGUUUUCAAUUGGAGGAAGCUCGUUGGUUAAAGCUGAGGGGAGUGAUGAUGUUGCUGGUAGAAGUAGAAGACAGUUCUAUAGCAGCUUCAGUGCUAACUUCUUCUCGUCGUCUAGAAGAACAAGGAACCAAGACUCUGUUCUCCCAAGCUGAAUGUCUUAUGUGUCUGGUUAGACCGGUAAAAUGGUGAUUACAACUAAGCUUGAGUGAUGAAGUAUUUAGUGUGUUGUGUUAUUUACAAAUACUUCUGAAAUAAACGGAUUAUUUCAAUGUUUGUUAAAGAUUAUAUAAUGAUUUUAAGAGCAUUUGCAUGUCCAGGUUCACACCACUCCUAAAAAUAUUAUAAUAUUUUUAUUUUUAUGAA